GGAGGCAUAAUUGAGUUGAUGUGGGCAGGAAGUAAAUACGACUCUUUGUCCCUUCCCUGUAGAACGUCUGCAGUACGUUGUGGUGCACUGUGGGGACAACUUGUCACUCAAAGCUGGAUGGUGCAGUCGACGGGACCAGGUGUGGUGAGGACAAGUGGUGCUUUGACGGGGAGUGUGUGGCGGUGGGACACCAGCCUGAGAGCGUCAAAGGGGGCUGGGCUCCAUGGAGCGAGUGGUCUGCCUGUUCCAGAACCUGUGGGGCCGGAGUUCAGAACGCCCAGAGGGACUGCGUCAACCCAGUUCCCAAGUACGGAGGGAAGUACUGCGUGGGGGAGCGAAAGCGCUACAAGAUCUGUAACAGCACCCGUUGCCCCCCCAACCAGCCCUCCUUCAGACUCAUCCAGUGCAGUCACUUUAACACCAUGCUUUACAAGGGCAAGUUCUACAAAUGGGUGCAGGUCAACAACAGAGUGAACCCCUGCGAGCUGCACUGCCGCCCUCUGAACGAGUACUUCUCAGAGAAGAUGCUGGACGCGGUCAUUGACGGGACCCAGUGCUAUGAGGGCAGCUUGAGCCGAGACAUGUGUGUUAACGGCAUCUGCAAGAAUGUGGGGUGUGACUAUGAGAUUGACUCCAACGCGGUGGAGGAUCGCUGUGGGGUUUGCCAUGGCAACGGGUCUACUUGUGAGACUGUGAAGAAGACCUUUGAGGAGAGCGAAGGGCUUGGGUAUGUGGACAUUGGGCUGAUUCCAGAGGGGGCUCGGGAAAUUCGUAUCGAGGAGGUGGCUGAGGCUGGGAAUUUCUUGGCUCUCCGGAGUGACGACCCCGGAAAGUACUUCCUGAAUGGCGGUUGGACUAUCCAAUGGAAUGGGGAAUACAAGGCAGCGGGGACGGUAUUCACCUAUGAGAGGACAGGACAACUGGAGAACUUGACCUCCCCUGGACCAACCCUAGAGCCAGUGUGGAUACAGCUACUCUUCCAGGAGACCAACCCAGGGGUGCGCUAUGAGUACACCAUCCAUAGAGAGACUCUUCUGGACUCAGACAAUGACAUCCCUAUCCCCGGUUUCUUCUGGAAGUAUGGCUCAUGGACUGAGUGCAGUGCCACCUGCGGGACAG